UUUGGCAGGAAAAAAAACCCCAAACAGCUGACUUCAGCAGCUGGAAGAGGCCUCCCACGUGACUCAAGUCAACAAGGGCCGGGAAGCAGACACUGGAAGGGGAAUAGGCUCCUGAUCCUGAGAGAGAGAGAAAGGAAGAAGCUGGGAUUGUGACUCAGCUCUGGCUUCCCGGGAAGCUUCCAAUGCACUGAGAUUUCUCCGCUUUGCCAGGCAACUGCACCCGGACGGGACAAAGAGCCCUGAUCCUCACUGGGUUCACUUCCUCCACUAUUCGAUGGCAGGGAUGGGGUCCAGGUGGCUGUGGUUCUUCCCCAUCCUCCAGAUCCUCAUCUCCUCAGUGCAGCUUUGCGAAAUCCCAUCAGGAAACGGGCACCGCGUGGCUUCCUUGAGCGCAGAGCUCUUGGCGCUGGCUCACGAUGCCACCCGGGAGCCUGACCCCAGCAUCUACCUGGGACUCCGUCUUUCCAAGCACCACAGCCUGGAGAAGGAGCGCCUCUACCUGGAGCGGCUCAAGGGGGUCUAUCAGCCCAACAACAGCAGUGAUCAGGUGGCUGUCAAGUAUCAGGAGCAGCCUGGCACGGGCCGCUUGGCACUUUACCUGUUGGCAUUACGCGCAGCCUGCCACAACAUGGAGACGCCUGAGGCCCACCGGCUGGUCACUCAGCUGAAGCUUCACCUGCACAAGGAGAAGGAGGAGAUAGGUUCUGAGAACCUCGGCCAGCCCCUCACCAACUACUACCAGUAUGGCUUGGGGCUGUUGGCCCUGUGCAUCCACGGGAAGAUGGUCGAUGUGCACGUGAUCCACAGGCUCUUGCACGCUGAGGAGCACAGCCGGCUUGGGAUCCAUGGCAAGCUUUCUGUGGACACGGAGGCCAUGGCAGGGCUGGCCUUUGCCUGCUUGCAGCGGGCCACCUUCUACCCACCAGAGCUGGGGGUCAAACUGCACCAGUCUGUGGAGCGAGUGAAGGCGAAAGUCUUGCAGGCCCAGACUCCCGAGGGGGCCUUUGGGAACAUCUACAGCAGCCCUCUUGCAGCUCAGUUCCUCCUUGCCGUGGGGCAGAGCCAGAAGGAGCCCAAGUGCCCCAAGGGCAUGACCUCCCUCCUCCAGCACCUGGAGCAGGGAGACUCCCAGGACGUCCUUUUCAAGUCCCAACUCUUGCCCGUCCUGAAUGGCAAGAGCUACCUGGACAUUGCCAGCAUGGAGUGCCACACAGAGAGAGAUGGUUUGGCCCUUGGCACUCCCUCACCCACAGCACCACAUGCCACCCGGCCAAGCAAACAAAUAGCCGUCCAGCUGAUUGUGAAGCAACCGCCUCGCAAGCUGCCCCUCUUCCGGCGGGUGCUGACGGUGGCCCAGGGCUCCUCUCUGCUGGAUGUGCUGAAUGUGGCCUCGAGGGAAGACAGGGCGCCGCUCACGUUUGAGACCAAGGAGACCUUUUCAGGCCCAUUUCUGAUGGCGCUGAUGGGGGUGAAGGCCCAGGAAGGGGAGCGCAAGUACUGGAAGAUCCUCCGGGCCCCCAGCAGCCUCCUGGAGCAAGGCCUCGCCGACUACAUACCCCAGGAUAAGGAAACCAUCAUCUUAAGGUUUAGCCCUUGGUAGGGGUUGGGUUGGCAGUGCCCUGUCUUUGUCAGCUCUCCUCCCCCACCACCCAAAAAUGGACAAUUUGGAGAUGUGGUGCCGCCUUGGCAAAUGCCAGGCAUAGGAUUUGGGUGGCGGAACUGACUUGCCUGCCUGGCAGGGCUCCCUGUUGCAGUGGGAAGUGUCCCAGGCCUGCCUUCCAUGCAUAUGCCAGGUUUUGCACUUGGGAUGACCCCACAGCUCUUGUGCCAAGCCUUUGAACCCAUACUCACCAAUGCAGUCUGGAUCGUAAGGCUGACAAAAUGUUUGAGAUUUGGAAACUGAUCAAUAAAACGUCCUUUCUUUUC